CUUCCUGUCGGGAAGGCCGUGAGCGGAGCCGAGCGCCGGCCGGGAGGCCCCGGGCCGGCCGCCCCCGCUCCCCUCGCCCAUGGCGGAGACCAAGAUCAUCUACCACAUCGACGAGGAGGAGACGCCCUACCUGGUGAAGCUGCCGGUGCCGCCGGAGAAAGUCACGCUGGCCGAUUUCAAAAAUGUCCUCAGCAACCGGCCCGUGCACAGCUACAAGUUCUUCUUCAAGUCCAUGGACCAGGAUUUCGGGGUGGUAAAGGAGGAGAUCUCAGAUGACAAUGCAAAGCUCCCUUGCUUCAAUGGAAGAGUCGUGUCCUGGCUGGUCCUGGCUGAAAGUUCUCACUCUGACACGGGUUCCCAGUGCACUGAGAGCCACACAGACCUUCCACCACCCCUCGAGAGAACAGGAGGCAUUGGAGACUCCCGCCCUCCAUCCUUCCACCCCAACGCUGCCAGCAGCAGGGAUGGCCUGGACAAUGACACAGGGACAGAGUCAGUCAUCAGCCACCGGCGGGACAGGCACCGGCGGAGGAACAGGGAAGGGCACGAGGAUGCCCCUCGGAUCAAUGGGCACCCAAAGCUGGACAGGCACCGUGAGCACCCCCCUGGCUACGACAGCUCCUCCACCAUGAUGAGCAGUGAGCUGGAGUCCAGCAGCUUCAUCGACUCCGAGGACGACGACAACACGAGCAGGUUGAGUAGCUCCACGGAGCAAAGCACCUCAUCCCGGCUCAUCCGGAAGCACAAACGCAGGAGGAGGAAACAAAGGAUGCGGCAGAUCGACAGGUCGUCUUCGUUCAGCAGCAUCACCGAUUCCACCAUGUCCCUAAAUAUCAUCACUGUCACACUCAACAUGGAAAAGUAUAAUUUCCUGGGAAUCAGCAUUGUGGGGCAGAGCAAUGACCGGGGUGAUGGUGGCAUCUACAUCGGCUCCAUAAUGAAAGGAGGGGCGGUGGCAGCGGACGGCCGGAUCGAGCCGGGAGACAUGCUCCUGCAGGUGAAUGAUGUCAAUUUUGAGAACAUGAGCAACGACGAUGCAGUUCGGGUUCUACGGGAAAUAGUCUCCAAACCAGGACCCAUCAGCCUAACAGUAGCCAAAUGCUGGGACCCAACUCCCAGGAGUUACUUCACCAUCCCCAGGGCUGAGCCGGUGCGGCCGAUCGACCCCGCGGCCUGGAUCUCUCAUACCACGGCCAUGACGGGAGCGUACCCCCGUUACGGUAUGAGCCCCUCCAUGAGCAUCACCACAUCUACCAGCUCCUCACUAACAAGCUCAAUUCCCGAGUCGGAAAAAUUAGAAGAAUCUCCUUUAACUGUGAAGAGUGACAUGGCUACUAUUGUCAAGGUUAUGCAGCUCCCAGACUCAGGCCUUGAAAUUCGGGACAGGAUGUGGUUAAAAAUCACCAUCUCCAAUGCAGUGAUAGGAGCAGAUGUGGUUGACUGGCUUUACACGCACGUGGAAGGCUUCAAAGACCGGCGGGAGGCGAGGAAAUACGCCAGCAGCAUGUUAAAACACGGCUACCUCAGGCACACUGUGAACAAAAUCACCUUCUCAGAGCAGUGCUACUACGUCUUUGGAGACCUCUGUGGCAACCUGGCUGCACUGAACCUCAACAACGGUUCCAGCGGCGCCUCGGAUCAGGACACCCUCGCUCCGCUCCCACAUCCUGCUGCUCCCUGGCCGUUAGGCCAAGGAUACCCCUACCAGUAUCCUCUGCCCCCUCCGUGUUUUCCACCAGCAUACCAAGACCCAGGCUUUAGCUAUGGCAGUGGCAGUGCAGGGAGCCAGCAAAGUGAAGGAAGCAAAAGCAGCGGCUCGAACCGGAGCACCAGCGAGAACAGCAGGCGAGCUGUGGGCAGGGAGAAGGACCGCAAGUCGGGGGGCAGUGGCAGCGAGUCGGAGCACACGGCGCGGAGCGGCGGCAGCACCGCGCGCCGGGACCGGCCCGCCAGCCAGCUCAGCCACCGCAGCCACGGCUCCGCCGCCCACAGCGACAGAAGCCACCACAGCCACCACUCCUACGGGGGGCCCCCGGGGGUGCCCCCGCUCUACAGCCUCCCCAAGCUGGGCUCCAAAGUCUACGGGACCAGCGGCCCCCCCGGAGGGCCUCCCGUGCGGGAACUGAGCGCGGUCCCCCCGGAGCUCACCGGGAGCCGCCAGUCCUUCCAGAAGGCCAUGGGCAACCCUUGUGAGUUCUUCGUAGACAUCAUGUGAGAGGAAGUGCCUUCAGACUCUGCCUGGGUUGGGGUGGGGAGGGGUUGGGGUGGGUUGGUUUUUUUUUUUGGGGUGGUUUGUUGUCGAACACUUAAUGGAAGAGACUUGGCUGGUCUUGCAUGUCACACCUUCCUGUUUGCAAAGUGUGUUGCAGUAAAAAAAAAGAAAAAUAUAUCAAGAAAACCGAGCGAAAAAUACAAAAAAAAAAAAAUUCCCUCCGCAAAAAUGAACAAAAAAAAAAAAAAUCUCCUGGGAUUGUUAAAUAUCAGCAAACCGAUGGCAUCUUUUCUUUAUCCUUUUUUUUUUCCCUCCCCCCUCCUCUUGUUUUGGAUUGUGAAUGGCUGGUGUAUAUUCACAUCUUAAUGAGCUUUGGUCAUUGUGGCACCUGCUUCGAUGCAACUGGUGUAUCUUUUUGGCUGAUUCAAGGACUCUUAUUUCACACGACUUCUAAAUUCCCGAUAUUGCAUAGGAGCACUUUUAUUUUUCCCUGCUUUUUUUUUUUUUCUCUUACAAGGAAAAAAAACGACCCUUGGCUGGUAUCUGUGAUACUGCCUUGGAAUGCUGUUUCUUGGAUGCAUCCAUAGCACUGAGCAGACAUUGCACCCACAAGUGUACAGACAGCACGUGCUUGGAAAGGAGCAGGAUCAACCCAAGUGGAAAACAAAGUUGUGGCUACCUUCUGCUGACUAGGGAGUAUAAAUCAACCUUUCUUUCUUUUUUUUUUUCUUUUUCUUUUUUUUUUUUUUUGGUUGUUUUUUUUUAGAUAUUAUUCUGUCAAGGGAGUGCUGGAGUCUUGCUACUGUAUGUGCUCAUUGUGCAGAACUUGUCAAGUUGUUUCCUUCAGUACCACAAUAGUGACUUUGUAGCUGCAGUCGGUUCCUGGGCAUUCCAGUCCCACCCCUGCUGACAGAUGUGGCUGUUCCUGCUGGAUGUGCACUUGCUUGGAAAAGUUAUUUCCACAGAAAUAGGACAGCUGCUGCCGUGCAGUUCUGUUAGUGUAGCUGCAGCUUUUCCCUUUCCAAGGGGAUAUUCAUCCCAUUCCAGCUAAAUCCUGGCUCCCACUGGGACGUGGCUCUUCACUUUGAUUUCAUUUUGAUCACCUGUUGUUCUGUCCUUCGUUUCGGAGCAGUACCUUUCUUUUUUUGUUGAAAUGGAAACCUGGAGCUGUCUAAUCCCUCUUGCAGUCCCAGGGGAACGUUUCUGAGCACAGAGAGGGGCUGGCUGUUGGCAGAGAGGUGUGAGGGUGUUUUGAGGGCUGAUCCCAAAUGGUAAAGUGAACGAAUCCUUACACCUGACACCGAGCGGGACCCUCUCUGCUGAGGAGACCUGACUGAAGCAACUGCUGUUGUACAUCCCCAAGGUUUCAUUUCUGUGUGGUUCCUGCUCUGGGGCUGUGGGCACUUGAUAAAGCAGGUUCAGGAGCCUCCAGUGGUGUGUAAGAAGCUUUUUUUUAAGGUGUCAGAAGGAGGGUAUGGUGAGAGCACACCCACACUCUGUCACGGUGCCUCAUGUGAUGGGACACACGUGGGGAGCUGCAGCCACUUAGUGGCAUUUGGCCACAGGGCCAUGCCUCAGUUAAAUCCUCCUUUCUGAGGUGCCUGCUGCUGGCAGGUUUUAGGACAGGUGCUUUAAGAUCAGUCUUGACUGUAUAUAAGCAUUUUUCUCACUGGUAAGAAGCUGCUUUUUGGUUCGUCCCGUGCUCUGUGGGUAGCGUGAAUGCCCGAGAUGAAGGCCAAAAGAGAACAUCUUCCUCAGGAUACACACAGUUCCAUGUCCAUUUGUCACCCCGAAAAACGACUCUUCAGACAUUUUGGGUGUUGUUCAUGCUGAUAGAUUUUUCAGUUCUUUCCCUGUUCCAGGUCUGUGUGCAAACACAUCCCUUUGUCAGAGCCAGAGUAACGAUUCCAGCCAAAGCUCCAAAUGUCUGUGUUAACUGGAGACUUGAGUCUCUCCUUCAAAAGGGAACCAGGCAUUUGGGAAACUCUGUGUCACUCAGACUAGGUACUCCCCUUCCUGGCCUUCUAAACUAGUUUUCUUUACAGAAACCUCCCAAAAAGCUGCCUAAUGUCUCUGAAAGCAGUGCUUUCAUCAUCCUCCAUCCCAUGGGCUGGCAUGGAUUGCCACGUGGCUGAUGUGGCUUCUCCAAAAGAGUGGCACUACCUGGAGCUUGACUGUGCAAACAGUACCUUUCUUUUCCUUUCCUCCUCCCAAUUCCACAGCAAAGAUGCUUACCCUAACCUGGUAACCUAUUCUGAAAGAUUGACAUUGAAAGCAAUGGAGUAAAUCAGGGUAAAAUAAUGGUGUAAUUCUGCUAUGUCUCCAGGAGACACUGUUAAGGAGUCUGUGACUUUACUGACAAUCACUAGUGGUUCUACUUUUAAAUUAAUUUAAAACUUUUCUGGUCUCUUAUAUAUAUUGAUUUUUCUGGCCCACUCUGUCUUAAGGCAGAACUUGGAGGGCUGGAGGAAAAGACUCUCAUUUUAAUAUUUCCAAAAGGGAUUAAAGCUGGGGGCUGAGCUUUCACCCGUGGAAGAAACGUGUUUUAUUUCCUUAUGUCUUUCCAAGAGUUGCAGUUUACACACCUGCUGGGUUGUUUUUUGUUUGUGUUUUUUUUUGUUUGUUUGUUUUUUUGGUCUUGUUGUUAAUGCUGUUGGCAGAAACUGUUCUGUGUCUUGCUGGUCUUUGCUGCUAUGUUGAAAUGACUGUGUUAUAAACUUGUGUGUUCGUGGGUCACUCUGGAAUGAGGCUGCAAAUCCAUAACCGGGUGUGGGAAAGCAUUAGUCUGCUGAGGAAUUCAGGCUGAAGCAGCUUCACCCACAACAGGCAUCCACUGCUCUGGGUGUGCUGGGUGCUGGUCCUUGAGGAACCUGCUGUUUGCAGGGAGAGCAGGAGGGUGGAGAUGCCCCUGUGUGGACAGUGCAAUACGUGAUGGCCACUGUGUGUAAAACAAACCCCUGAUCCCCCCCCUGUAGUGUCCAGUGGAGAGGGUGGAGUGAGUGGAAGGUCAGGCCUGAAUCUUUGCUAGAUUUUCACAAGAGACAGGAGAUUUCCCAGAUCCCAUCCUUGGCUUUCAGUGCAUGCUCAUGUGUCUUUCCACCAAGGGGGGCCUCAGGACCUGCCUGUGCCAGUGUCUCCUGUUGGGCACAGCAUUCCCUGCUGUGCCAGGUGGAAGGAAGUUUGCAGGCUGGAGUGCUGCAGAUCCAUCUGUUUUCUCUCUCUAGGGCCUCAGAUUUAUCCCUGAUUUAAUGUCAGUGACUGGGCUCCAACUCCAGCGAGGGGUUUGCUGUGCAGGGCAUUGAAACAACCUCAAAUCAGGAGCCUUCAGUGGCUGACAUUUUUAUUCUGGGAGUGAGACCCUCGACUGAGCUUAAGGCUCACACGUCCCUGCCAACAGAUUUAACAGCAGGUUUGUCUGGAGGAUCAUGGAAAAUGAUGAGGAAACAGUUUGGGAUGACAUCUCCUCCCCAAAGGAGGCAGGAUCUGUAGGGGGAGUGUAUCCACCUGCUAUAUUAACUCUGAGGAGUUUUUGGCAAAUAAGUCUUAAAAGCACUGCUAUUGUCUUUUACCUCCUAUUAAUAAAUCUCCUUUUUCCAAGGUAACAGUCCCCUGGACACUUUAUCCAAAGGUUUAUUGGAUGGCAAGCAAUGAUGCACAGACAUUGACUUUUGCUAUUAUUUUUGUUCUCUUCAAAUGGGCAGUCCCCUCCUGAGACUUGACAGCUCAUGAGUUGAUGUAAUUGUUUUUGUUUUUUGCAUUUAACUGGAUUGUAAUAAGAUUGACUUAAAAUUAUUAAUUCUAAUCAGUGAUUAGAAAUACAUGUAAAGAAUUUUAUGUACAGUAGAGGAACAAAGUUACAUGAUUUUAAAUAAUGAAAAUCCAGACUAUCACCUAUCCUAGAAUUGGUUCUACUCAAAGAGUGACCUCUUAUUAGCAUGGACUGCACUGUUCCUGUUAAAUGUCUAUUGCAUAAUUGAAUUCUUUUUUGUAGAUAUUGUAUUAAAACCCAAGUGUCUGUAUAGUUAAUAUAUAGCUGCUUAUGUGUAAAUGCUAUUUUAAACACUAAAAAGCUUUUAAUUUUAUGUGAUAA